GGCUUGUUUAUGCGCUACAGGAUAACUAUGACAAAUGAUGAGCAUAAUUUGUGGUUCAAACACUUUUCAGCUGAUGAACUGUAUAUCUUGCAAGUGGAUAUUUGCUUUCUUGUCCUCUACGUCAUCUUGCUAUUGAUGUCUUUCAUCGAAACACAAGCACUACGAGCGAGACACCUUCUUCACAGAACAUACCUUCUGUAUCUGUCAUCUGUUAUUCUUGAAUGCGGUGGAUUGGCAUUCCUCUGUGCUUCUUAUGGGAUUUACGCUCAAGAAGGCUCCUCUAGGCCCGGACUUAAGUUAAUGGGAAAAAUCCUGGAAGCCUUCAGUACAUUGUUUCUGCUUGCACUUCUAAUAUUCAUUGCUAAAGGUUAUACAGUGACGAGGGGAAGACUUCGGAAGAAAACGUUGUUGAAAAUAGCAGGUUUCUUCUGCAUGUACAUUUUGGUGUACACGUGCUUGUUUCUAUAUGAACAACAGUAUUUUGAUCCUGGUAGAGUUCUCUAUUUGUACGAAAGCCCUGCCGGCUAUGGUAUUAUUGGACUGCGUUUGCUUGGAUGGGCCUGGUUCGUUUAUGCGUCCAUAUUCACGAUGAUUCAUUACCCCGAAAAGUCCAGUUUUUAUACGAAAAUGUUUCUACUUUAUUCAUUGUGGUUUAUCUCUGCUCCAGUCGUCAUUCUUAUUUCAACUUUCAUUGUGCCAAAGUGGGUGCGAGAAAAACUUCUUAACGCAGUAGAACUUUUCAUUUCGAUCGUUGCUCAUCUUAUAUUCUUCAUCCUCACCAGGCCAUCGAAAGCAAAUAAAAACUUCCCGUAUCAUGUAAGAACAUCACAGAUUGGUGUGAUGCUACAGGGGAACGGCACGACCCCCAUGGGUGAUAACUCCAUCGAUAAAUUUGCUCAUCAUCCUUAUGCUCUCAGUUCUAGGAGCUACUUGCCUAAUUAUGCCGUCAUUUUUGGAGUACAGGCAAACGGAGAUCGCGUUGCUCCAACAGAAAUGGUUUCAUACGCUACUGGUUCCCCGCAGAAUCCUCCAAUUUCUCGCACUAGCGAAAGUUAAUAAUAUACGGAUUGAAAAUACAUAGCUUUAAGUUGCAGAAUCUCAGUAUUACAAAGCAGAAAAAAUGAUAUCC